AUGGAGGAAGAGAAAGCUACAGUGAAUCGGGACCUGACCUCCAAAAUGUGGAGCAUUUCCUCAAACUGGGCAGGCCAGUUUCUAAGAACUACCAAAAAAGAAAGAAAGAUGAAGAAAUGGGUGCUGAUUGGAGUCCUUACUGUUGCCUUGGUGGUUCUGGUCGUCGGACUCUAUUUUGGAUUGCGCAGGGAGUCGGCUCCCGACAACGUCUACAAGAAAGCCGCUGUGGCUGCCGAUGCCAAGCAGUGUUCCGAGAUUGGCAGGGAUCUCCUGCAGAAAGGCGGAUCUGCAGUAGACGCCGCCAUUGCCUCUCUGCUCUGUGUCGGCCUUGUGAACGCCCACAGCAUGGGGAUUGGAGGGGGUCUCUUCCUCACCAUCUACGACAGCCGCACGGGAAAAGCGGAGGUUAUUAAUGCCAGGGAGGUGGCCCCCAAAGGGGCAUUUCAACACAUGUUUAACAGCUCUGAGCAGUCCAGUAGAGGAGGCUUGUCCAUUGCGGUUCCUGGAGAAAUCCGGGGCUAUGAGCUCGCGCACAAACGUCAUGGCAAACUGCCGUGGGAGCAACUCUUUCAACCCAGUAUUCGCUUAGCCAGAGACGGAUUCCACAUUGGAAAAGGCCUGGCUAACGCUUUAAUCCGCCAGAAAGAAACCAUUGAAAAAGACCCAGCAUUGUGCAAAGUGUUCUGCAAGGAUGGGAAAAUCCUGAGCAAAGAUGACAUUGUCAGGAUGCCGGACCUAGCGAAGACGUACGAGACUUUAGCUAAAGAGGGGGCAGAUGCUUUUUAUAAAGGAAGCCUGGCUUCCCAGAUUGCCAAGGACAUCCAGGCAGCGGGGGGGAUCAUCACGGAAGAAGACCUAAUGAAUUACACGGCAGAACUAAUUGAAAAUCCUUUGAACUUCACCCUUGGCGAUUACACCUUGUACACUCCGAGUGCACCCCUGAGUGGCCCUGUCCUCGGGCUCAUCCUCAACAUCUUGAAAGGAUACAAAUUCUCAAGUGACAGCGUAAAGAACAAUGAGGCAAAGGGGCUGACCUACCACCGCAUUGUGGAAGCUUUCCGUUUUGCCUAUGCCAAGAGGACGCUCCUGGGAGACCCCAAAUUUGUUAAUAUUACCGGGGUGAUCCAGAACAUGACCUCGGAGUUUUUUGCGGCCAACUUGCGGGGGCGCAUCACCGACACCACGACCCAUCCCGCAGAUUACUACGAGCCCGAGUACUAUACCCCUGACAAUGCCGGCACCUCUCACCUCUCUGUGGUGGCGGAGGACGGCAGCGCGGUGUCGGCCACCAGCACCAUCAACCUCUACUUCGGAUCGAAAGUCCUCUCCAACACCAGUGGAAUAAUAUUCAAUGAUGAAAUGGAUGACUUCAGCUCCCCCAACAUCACCAAUGAAUUUGGAGUGCCACCUUCUCCUGCCAAUUUCAUCGCUCCAGGUAAACAACCUCUCUCCUCCAUGUGUCCCACCAUCCUGGUGGGUAAAGAUAAGAAGGUGAGGAUGGUAGUGGGUGCAUCCGGAGGAACUCAGAUCACUACAGCCACAGCCUUGGCCAUCAUUAAUUCCCUCUGGUUUGGCUACGACGUGAAGAGGACAGUCGAAGAACCACGGCUCCAUAAUCAGCUGCUUCCGAACACCACCAGUCUGGAGAGAUCCGUGGACAAGGCUGUCGAGACAGCCCUGAGGGAGAGAAAUCACAACACUGAAGUGAUCAAUGACACCAUUGCCGUGGUCCAGGCUAUCGUGAAGGUAGGGGACGGAUGGGCCGCUGCUUCUGAUUCACGCAAAGGGGGAGCCCCCGCUGGCUAUUGACCGGGCUGCAGUAGGUUCUCUCCAGCGAGCUCAGGACCCAGGUUAGGCAGCCCAUCUGGACCGCUCCCACCUGACUCUACUUGCUGGGUAGAAACUCAGGGACUGCACCGAUGAGGAGGGAUCAUCACGCCUCCCGAUUCCAGGCCUGGAGCCGCAGCCCCGUCUCCUGGGGCCUUUUUACAAGAAGUGCCUUGCAUCCUGCCGAUCAGUGCAAUAAACGAAACGGAGCUGCUCAGUCUGAGCAGAUGGAAUCCACUCCCACACUCCCCUUCUCAUCCCCUUCCCACCUGUCCACGCACCUAGCCUCUGAGCAACCACCACGGAGCGGGCAGAGAUGUUUUUCCCUCUGCCUCCGGCAAACAGGAGGUCCACCCAGCAUGGUCACUGAGCAGCCCAGAUGACGGCUCUGCUUGCAAAACAGCGGCAAAUCCAGCUUCUUCCAAUCUUCUCGUGCCUGGGAGUUCUGGAGCCGGAGAUCAAGACUGCUGGCCCAGAAGCUGUGUGGUCAAUCCGUUUCAGCUUCGUUGACUGUUGGAUGAGGGGCCUUGGAUGGUUUCUCUACUCCAUGUUCAGUGACAGAUUCUUGGCUUUGUACACUCCAUCCCACUAGAAUAACUAAGUCCCCCCACCUCCACCUCUGAGCUUGUUUAUUCGCAUAUGCCAGUUGUGGCCUGCACUCCUCUCCCUCUAAUAAUAAUGAUGGCAUUUGAUAAGUGCUUACUAGGUGCCGGUACUGUACUAGGA